AUGCUCUUUGGAGUGCUAUUCGCCUUUUGGCGCUUUAUGGAAAUCAUCACCUUGAUCCCGACACUUGGUAUGCUAGCCUACUUUGUAAACAUCUACAACAAAAACAACCUCCUCACGCCAAACUACAUCCUCAUCCUCUUCAUCGUCUCCGUCCUCGGCGCCGUCUGGGCCAUCGCAACACUCUUCACCUACCAUCGCGCGCGCUCUAACGCCCUAUUCGUAUCCUUCAUCGACCUCUGCUUCAUCGGCGCAUUCAUCGGAUCCGUCUACGAACUUCGUGGCAUCACAAACUACAACUGCACAAGCAUCAAUCGAAGCACCAACCCAUUCUUCAGCAUCGGCGUCGGAAAUUCUGGGUUCAGUCUCAGUGGCUUCAAUGUGAAUACCGAUAAAACAUGCGCCAUGCUCAAAGCUUGCUUUGCGUUCGGCAUCAUGAAUUGCAUAUUCUUCGCCAUUACAUCUUUCCUGGCGUUAUUCCACGGCAGAAAGGAUUCGAAGCGCAAGGAGAAGGAUGUUUAUGUGCGCGAAACCCAUUACUCUCGCCAUGGACAUCGAAGGAGCGGAUCUCAUCGCAGCCAUCACAGCUCGCACUCUGGUAGACGACAUGCAUAUGUUUGA